GUUGUACUCUUGAGUGAAAGAACGCAGGUUCCAUUGGUCGCCCCUUUCUCAAAUGGACGCGAGAGAGGAAGUCGUGCCGCUUGCGGCGCUCGAGGCGGUGAACGUUGACCGCAAUGAGGAGGCCAGCUUUGGCCUGCUGAAGGAGCCGGGACCGCCGGCUGCCGAUGUCCCACGAGUUACGAAAGAGGGCGAAAGCGCCCCCCCAAUCCCGACGGAGCUGCUUCAGCUGCUGAGCGGGUGA